GUAAUCAAACCCAUUACGUUGCUAUAUACAGUAUUGAUCUCUCGUUUUCUUCUAUAUGCGGUUGUUUAGAUGGAGCAAUUGAGCUCUGCGCCGUGGCAUACACGUACUAUGGUCGGCUGUGCACCGUGGCUAUUCAAGAACAACGGCGGCGGUUCCUGGUCGUUCUUGCCGUUUAUGUUUACCACACAUAUAGAUUAUACUCUACUGGAGAGGUCCCUUGCUCCUUCCAUAUGAAGGAUAGUUUCAGUACUAGAAUUGAAAAACUUCGUAGUCAUCACUAUCUGAGCAUUGUCGGUCAGCUCAGCAAUUGUUGGAAGCUCAUUGCGCAUUUGGGAAGCGUGUACUCACCCAGUCGUUCAUCAUGCUUCGGCCUUCUCCUACUAUAAUAUCUCUUUCCAAAAGGGACGUGGUAGAGCAUUUAGAGAACGUCGUCCGCAAAGCCGCAACAUCACGAUGCGGCGGUGCUGAACAACCUGGAGGUACGAGGUUCAUGCAACCACUUUAUAAUCGCCAGUCAACUUUCACGGAAGAUGCCAGAGCUGAUGUCUCUUCAGGAUCCAAAUCCUCAGAUGGCUCUGAUACCGAUGAGGCUUCUCAGAUGGUGGAGCCAAUAAGCCGAUUGCCGUCUCUCGACGACGAGGACUUGGGAACUGAUGAUGAGUACCAAUUAACUAGGCUUUCGCUCCGAGAUGAUAAUCCAAGUGAGGGCGUCGACUUAAGGCAACCAUUGGCAUUUAGAAGCUCAGAAUCAAGACGGCAAGAGACGCCACAGGAGAAUAACUUGGGCUAUGUUGGGUUUAUGGAGAGACCUUCAAGGGAUUCGUCGUUGUUCGUUCCGGAUGAUGUGUCUACUCCCCAGGAGGCGGGGCUGCCAGCUCUGCAGCGGCUCCGUGCUCGAAAUUCGUUGCCGCGAUCACCAUUAUACAGAUCUUAUAAUCACCGACCUUCCCCCGAAGGUAGUAGGAGCGUAGGACUGGCAUCGCAACUGGUGUCUCCUGGGAGCCCCGGGGUUUUAUUUUCACAGCCAGCGAGGCGUUCGAGGGACUACCGACUCCGUACACCGGCGGCAUUCUCAUGGGGAGAAUCCAAAAAAUCCAGAUCAAUUCUCGAGAAUUUCGAUAUUUCGGAGCCGGAUUCUCAGAUUGACAUGCCGCUGUCCAUUGAGAGAAGUCAACUUUAUAGUGCUUCGUUUCAGGGCUCUGAUGGAGAAGUUAGCCAUCCUUCUUCCCCGCCAACACGCAUUUUCCAUCCCAGUGGUGUCGCACAGCCUGAAGAUGAGUUAUCAUCAUUGCAUACCACAAACUCGGAAGUCUCUCUGCAUUCUCUGCAUCUUCCACCGCCAUUCUCGACAAGGUCGAGGAGUGGAUCUGCUACUAGGUCACUUCCGGCUGGGAACUCGAGCAGCCCAGAGCGUAGUCUCGGGAUUCAUCAUGGGGGGGAUGCUGGUGAUCGUUCGAUAACCCCAUCAGGUCUGGUUGGCCUUGAUGAUAUCGCGGGAGGACAAGGGUUGCAACAGAGCCCAAGAUCUGGCAGUGCUACUGGUAACGUCUCAUCGGUGCCAUUUCGUCUUGUCUCGGCGUAUAGAUCCAGGCCGCCGAUUGGCCCAUGGCAUCUGCCGUCCAGGUCGUCGCCAACGACACCGCGAGUCUCUCGAGACAACAGGAUUGCAUCUUCCGCAGCUCGUCCCGGUCCCGCCAAUACGCCAUACCGCAGAUUACACGUGUAUGACGAGCGAGUACCUGCAUCGCUACAGCCGCAAACGCCGGAGCAAUUGCCCGAGGCGCGGCACUUUAGUCAAUACCACUUUUCAUACACGGCACCGGCUGGGCGUCGACACGCGAGCGCGCAACAGCCUCGAUGGCAACCCCCUCGUAGACGAUGGAGGCGGCGGAGUGGCAGCCCCCCUGGUCUAGAUACGCCAGGCUUCGCAGGGCUCUACGGCGGACAGGAGAACACGGACGACGAAGUGAUGUUUGAGCGGGCUGCUCAGCGGCUGUUCGUCCAGCACGGGAGAAGCGGGAGGGGCGUCAACAGGUCUCCUGGCAGCACCACUCCACGAAGGGGGUCAUUAUUCCGAGAAGCCUAG